UUGUUCAGGCAGAACUUCCGCGAUGGAUGGGAACCCGGAGGAGCAUCAUUUGCCGUAUUUGUAAAAGGAGAAAAGGUAGUAGACAUAUGGGGCGGAUACGCCGAUAAGCAAGCUGUCCGCACCUGGAAGGAGGACACGAUUACGAUAACGUUCUCCAUUACUAAAGCUGUGUCAGCACUGUGUAUAGCUGUGCUCGCCGAUCGAGGCCGCCUCAAUUACGACGAUCCUGUCGCGAAACAUUGGCCAGGAUUUGCGAAAAAUGGCAAAGAAAAUAUCACCAUCGAAUGGGUUCUGUCGCACAUGGCCGGUCUACCGUACUUAGAUGCGAUGAUUACUCAGGAAAUGGCACUCGAUCACAAUAUAAUGAGAGAGGUGUUAGAGAAUGAAGCACCAAAGCUGCCACCUGGACAGAAUACCACCUAUCAUGCAUACACCUUAGGAUGGCUCCUGGAUCAAAUCGUAAGGCAUAUAGAUGAGAAGCAUCGAGGAGUCGGGCAGUUUCUCAGGGAAGAAAUCACAAAACCACAUGGAGUCGACUACCACAUUGGUUUGAAGCCUUCUGAGGAGCGUCGGGUGGCUAGAAUGACUCCGCCGUCAGUCCCGCAAAUAUUCUCAGAAAUGUGGCAUAACCCGAAAGUUGCACGGGUCGUCCGCACUUUCUACAAUAUGAACGAGGACACGCUCAUUGGAAGGGCAAUGCGAAAUGCCCCAUGGAUAGACGUUGCGGACAAGUGUACAGUAAACAGCCCUGAACUGCAUGCACUGGACCAAGCGGCUCUCACUGGUUUGGGGAACGCGCGCUCCCUGGCUUACUUAUUCAGCCUGGUCAGUUACUUCUAUUCACAAUGCAGUGUCGUUAUCGGUUGUCGUUUUCGUAAUGACGCUUAUUCAAAAAUGCUGCGUGGAGUGUCUUACUCGGCAUGGAUGGCUCCGCUCUCACACUAUGCAGUUGGCAAUCACUUUCAACCGCUGCUGUAA